AUGGCAGAUGCGAGCCUGAGGGUUUGCUGCUUCAACGUUCUGGCGCCUUCAGCAAGGAUUUGCGCCCCACUGGACCGGUGGCCCUGGAAGGAGAGGCACAUAGCCAUUUGUGAUGCGCUCCUGACCAUGAAAGCUGACAUCAUUUGCUUGCAGGAGUUCGAUUUCGCGGCCGAAACACCCGGCUUUGCGGAUUUGUACCAAAGCAAGCUCGGUGAUUGCUACCACUUGCAGAUGAAGCAACGAACGGGCUUGAAGAACGAGGGGCUGGCCAUGUUGUUUCGUCGAGAAUCUUUUUCCGAUGUCCAGGUGAGCUGUCAGCAUUUGGAGCCGGACUUUUGUGACCGAGUUGCCAUGUACGCCUGGCUGUCGCAUGCGGAAACGGGCUGCAGGAUUCUUGUGGCAAACACGCACCUCACGGUGGCCCAUGCUACGAAUGGCCAUGACAUUCCCUUUUGCCGGCCUCGGCAGAUGGAACAGGUGCUGGACGUGAUGCUGACCGCGUCUGGUGUAGAUGCCUUGCUGCUGUGUGCAGACAUGAAUUCAGACCACUUGGAGUUAGAGCCAUCUGGGCCCUAUGUGGCGGAGCUGGUGAAUCGACCAGUAUCCAUGGCCUUCGAGAAGGGCUUCCAUUCCGCUCUUCAUUCGUGCCAUCCAGGAAUUCAACCCAGCGCCAGGGCCAUUUCGCAUACCUGCAGCUAUGCGCAGGAUGGCUGCGUGGACUACGUCUUUUUCCACUCCAGCCCGCACAUGUCGUUGGCAGAUGCCUUCUUGCAUCCACAGGAGCUGGCGUUUGACACACCAUGGAGCAAAGCACAUGGCUGGGGAACAGGGCCGAUGGUGACGCUUUCCGAUCAUCGACCGCUGGUCGUGGAUUUUCGGAUCUCCAGCUCCAAGCGCGCUCUUGAUGCCUUGCUGGGCAUGGAUGCUUUCCAGCAGAAAGACCUCGCCAAGGAUGAUCGGGCACUUGCACGCCCGCUGACUGCUGCCCUUUGCCUGUCGUUGCCUUCUUUUUCAGCUCGAAGUCCAGAGGGUCCUCUUCCCUGGAGCCGACCUUUCGCCAUGAAAGGCGAGGAGCUUCCAAGGCCGCUGAAAGCGGCAUUGGAGAGCCUGGCCUGCUUCCGCACGGAGCUCGCUUUGAGCCAGAGGCAGGUGCUGGCAAAGCUCGAUUGUGAGCUGGAAAGGUUCCGGAGCCUGCAGCCCCCGACGCCCUCCCACGAGGCACUGGGCCUACUGCAGCCACCUCCACCUCUGCGUGCUUCAGCGUCACAAAGGAGCAGUACCAGCUCGCCACCAGGCCUUUUCCUUCCGGGGUCCAUCAGUGAGGGCGACGAGGAGCUCAGCUCGGACGACGUAGUAGAGCGUACAUCCAUCGCUCGACCAUCGCGCUUUUCGAGCCGCCCCUCACUCUUCAGAAGGCAAAACCAGGAGGAGCCUUUGAAGAAGACCGCCAGGGCCUCGUUCCUGCAGCUGAACAAAGACUAUGCGGUGGAGCGGCUGCGCGAGAUGUCGAUUAACGAGUUCGGCAACGAGAACAUCGAGCUGCAAGAACAAGAUAGGCACGAGAGGCGGUGGCCCAUGCUCUUAAAAGUGGUCCGGAGCUCCCACUUCGAAACCUUGAGCCUCGCCAUAACAUGCCUAAAUGCGAUCUGGAUUGCUUUGGACCUCGAGUUCAACGAUGCCCUAACUGUGCUGGAGGCGGAUCCACUCUUUAUUGUUGUUGAGCUGCUGUUCCUGGCCUAUUUUGGCGGCGAGGUGGUGAUGCGGUAUCUGUCCUAUGCGUCAACACGGCGGGCCUGUCGGGACCGCUGGUUCCUUUUUGAUGUCAUUUUGGUCACGCUCAUGAUUGUCGAGAUAUGGCUCAUUCCCAUGAUCGGCUUAACAAGUGGAGGCUCUUCGGAUUCCGGUGGUGGUAUCGGAGAUGCCUCUUUCCUUCGCAUGCUGCGACUGGUGCGGAUCACGCGAGUCAUUCGUGUCGCAAGUUACAUGCCGGAAGUGAUGAUCAUCAUCAAGGGACUGACAGUUGCCUCCCGGUCGGUCUUCUUCACUUUCGUGCUUCUCCUGCUUAUUACCUACAUCUUCAGCAUUGCUUUCAGACAGCUUGCGCAAGAAAACCUCUUCUUGGAAUCAGAGCUGUUUCCGUCAGUUCCAGCCACGGUGCUGACAUUGAUCGUGCAGUGCGUGAUGCCCGACCAGGAGGCCUUCUUCCAGAAGGUCUCCCAGAAUGGAGGCUGGUUUAUGGGCAUGCUGGUGGUGGUCUUCAUCUUGGUCUCGUCACUCAUCGUGAUCAACAUGCUGAUCGGUGUCUUAGUGGAAGCGGUUCAGACUGUGUCGGAUGUAGAGCACGAAGCUAUUCAGAUUGCCUUCGCGAAGAGCCUCCUCCGUGAAAUACUGUGCGACGAGACCACCCAGGCCGAGGGCAGCAUCCUGACACAACAGGAGUUCUUCAGCAUGCUGGAGCGACCGGAGGCGAUUAAAGGCUUGGUCCAGCUCGGUGUGGAUCAUGUUGCCGCCAAGGAGUACGGCAAGCUGCUCAUGGAAGAUGGCCAGCCAAUCACGUUCGGGGAGUUCCUGGAAAGCAUCCUGCUGCUCCGUGGAUCAAACCAAACCACAGUGAAGGACCUCGUGACUCUGAGAAGGUAUGUGGGAGACCAGUUCUCACACCUCCACGACAUUUUGCUCGAGAUGGGUAAGAAUCUGUCUCACCGGCUCGCGGCGGCACAAGCUGAGAAGAAGGAGCAGCAGCUGCUAAAGGAGGCCGUGAAGAAGCAGAGCGAGGAUGUGAAGGAAGCCUUGAAGGCAGGCGAGGACGCAGCAGCCAUUCAGGCACGUCUCCGACCUCGCACGUUUGUCUUCGAUUUCUCCUCUGGCAGCCUAGAUGCAGGAGUCCCUGGCAGCAAGAACAUGAAGAAGCGUUUGGAGGACUUCCAGGAUACAGUCUCGUUCAUCUUACACUGCGCGACCGAGCAUGACGAGGCGGUGGUGCGCAUAACUUCGCCGGGUGGUGCCGUCAUCGACUAUGGAUUCGCCUCAGCGCAGCUCAUGCGCCUGCGUCAGCGCGGGCUGAAGCUCACUGCCUGUGUUGACAAGGUAGCAGCAUCUGGCGGGUAUAUGAUGGCUUGCACAGCCGACACCAUCGUUGCCACGCCAUUCUCGCUCGUUGGAUCUAUCGGUGUGCUGGCUGCCCUCCCCAACUUCAACAAGGUUUUGCGGAGGUACGAGGUGGAUUGGCUUCAAUUUACUGGUGGGCGCUACAAGCGAACCGUAGACCCUUUGUCAGAGCCGACAGAAGAGGGCAUCGAGAAGAUGAAACAGGAGAUCAACACAAUCCACGACGCCUUCAAAGGGAUGGUUCUGAAGCAGCGGACGCAUCUGGAUAUGGAUGAGGUCGCCACAGGAGAGGCCUUCCUUGGUGCCGAGGGGAAGGAGCGCGGCUUGGUCGAUCGACUCGCUACCAGUGAUGAGGUGCUAGAGGAGCGAAUGGAGGUGUCAGAUGUCAUCGAGGUGUCAUUUGCGGAGAAGAAGAGGGGGCUGCGCGAGCUUCUGGAAGGAAAGAUGGAGGCAGCAGAAAGCAUCGUCACAGACUGCUGGGAGCGUGCGACCAGUUUGGGACGUCGGGGUGCAGCAGUGGAGCUCAAAGACCCGCAGUUCUGA